AUGGCAAGAAUUUCAUACGACUCCGAUAAGAAUCAGGUAAGACUUAAAUAAGAAUGAGCUAUGACUUUGAUAACCGCG